AUGUGGGAAAAAACUGAUGAUCUGACAGAUGAAGAAAGUGAUGCCGAUAUAGUUGCAGUAAGAAGAAAAUUUGAAGACAUUCACUUCCAGAAUCUGUAUGUAGAUGAUGGGAAAAUUCAGGAGAAAGUAAAAGUUCAAGUGGAUGUGAUAGUACAAGAUUAUGCUAGAAAAAUUCCCAAGUGGAUUACGAUAGCACCUCAAGGUUCAUCGGAAGGUCUUCAUUUAGCUUCGCCAGUGCAAGAUCUGAUUGGCACCCCAGCUGCCAUUUGCAGAAAGAAACUAGAUUUGCCAAAUGAAUGUUCUUCAUCCAGACCUCUACAGUUACAAUUUUCUGGUCUUCCCACUUCACCAAACACAAUAACCAUACCCAGGCAUCAACCUUCUCCAGAACUGAAUAAAACUUGCUAUGAUAGCAUCUUGGAAGAAUACCAGUCUGCAGAUGAGGAAUGCUCCUGGAGCGAUGUAACUCUUGCAGACUUGUAUCCAGCGAUGGUCCAGAUACUUAAAAGGCUCAUGACAAAGUCUUGGAGAAAAGAGUUAAAAUACAUGUUUGGACACUUAAGGCACAAAAGAUGGCAUUCUAGAAGACCAAAGCUCAAUGUCACUGUAGACAAAAUAAGAGGGUUCAGACCUCUUAAACUGAAGAAAGUGCUACCCAGCAUAUGCAGCAGUAGAAGUGAAGACAUCCAGAAUCAAACUUUUGGAAAUGAGAACAGAGAACUUUGUGAUGACAAGUGUUCCAUUAAUAAUUUCUCUGGUCUGGUACCUUAUUCUUGCAUUGAUACAAAUGAAAUCAAAAUGGACUAUGCCUCAAGUUUACAACAUCAUUUUGUAUCUGGAAAAGGCCAAAAAGUCUCCAAACAGACUGUUUUUCCUAAUGUUAUGGCUAGAAAGGGAGAGGCAUUUCUAGUUGAAGAUGAGUUACAGACUGCUGUCCUAGUGAAGAAUUCAAAAUGCAAAGAAAGUGAAAAAUUGGCUUACAAAUGUUCCUCAGAACACCAUUUUAUAACACCUACUGCCAGUUCAGGGUCAACAGCACUUCAUCUGGUAAAAGAGAAUAAAGCUCAAAGAAUUGACUUUCCUUGUGGUGAUACCUCAGAGUUGUGUUCAUCUACUUGCAGUUCCUAUGGCAAUAAUAACACUUUUAUACCUGUCACAAACUGUUCUCUUGCAAGAGCAUCAAAUACUUUGCUCAUAAAUCCUGAAAAAAUAAUUUCUGAAAGACGAAUUUCUUUCCAGCGCAAACACUCAUUUUCCUCCUUGUCCAUGAAGCAGAGUCCUUCAAAGAUGCCUCAGAAAUACGAAGAUGCAUUUGAAAAACUCUACUACAAACUGUGUUCCAAGGAAAUCCAAAAGCCUUUGACAUUGACAAGACCUCUUUUGAAUUCACAGAACCUUGAAGAAAAACGAAGAUUAGUGAAGAGUAAUUUAAGUGAUUCUGUGAGGUCCGAUACACAGUAUGAUAGAGAAUUUGACAGAAUCAUGAGCAAUUGUGUAUUGAGGCUGUUCCAAAACUUCCUGGGUUUCAGAGAGCUUCAAAUUUAAGGAAAUAUGAAGGAAUACAGGUGUCUGAAACUGUAAAUGCUCUUGUUAACUCGCCUGUUCGAACUUUAUCUGCAAUUCCCAGAGUUAAAAGACUAGGAAAUUUUCAAAAUGAUCUUCUUUGUUCACCAGUAAAGCGACUGAAAAAUAUACCAGAACAUUAUUUUCCUUCAAAAAAAUGUCA